CAGAAGUUGCAUUCCAGUUCUAAUUGCUUCCUCCCGUAUCUCUCUUUCCGUCUUUCCUUCACAAUUUCUCACACAAACCCUAGCCACCGCCACCGCCACCGCCAGCUCACCACAGCCACUGCCACCGCUACCGCCAGCCCACACUUCAUAGCCCUAAGCCCCUAAGUCCCGUAUCUCUCUUUCUGUUUUUCCUUCACAAUUUCUCACACAAACCCUAGCCACCGCCACUGCCAGCACACCACAGCCACCGCCACUGCCACCGCCAGCCCACACUUCAUAGCCCUAAGCCCCUAACCUUUCUCCCGUUUGUCAGCUUCCUUUACAUUAGAAGUAGUAGCAGCUAAGCAGCAUCGGCGGUCUGACACAAUGCUAAGUUAUUGAAUUGUCUUUGCUUACUCCUAUCAUGGAACCAGAAAGGGGCAAUCUUUGUAUGAAAGAUUGAAGCUUGGGUAGGACCGUCGUUUUGAAAAAAAAAAAGGGAAUGUUUCCAACUUACAGCGGCUCAGGAAUGCAAAAAUUUACACUGGACCUUUCUUUCGAAUAUUUGGACAAAUUAAAUAUUUUGUUGCUACGUUCUUAUUCCUCCACUUUGACCAAGUUGUUAUUCGUCCCAAUUUCUGUACUUGCAGGAAGUUGUCAUAAUUUGAACGUCUUCUUGUAGUUCAAAAAUCUGACGAUUUAAACCCAAUAAUCAAGAUCAGGAAUUUGGUUUUGGACAUACGUUUUUUACUACGAGUCCUUGAUGUGAUGUGAUUCCCCUUUUUGCUCUGCAGUUGACGAAAAGUUUUUUUUUUUUUGAUGACGACGAAAAUGAUGUUUUUGUUAGAUAAAUUUCCAAAAAUUCGAGCUAACAAGCUGCUCACGAGUCAAAAAUUCAAAAAUUCGAGCUCACAAUUCGAGCUGCUCGCGAGUCAGAAUUCGAGAUUCAACUCGCGAGCCUCAUCGAGUCGAGCUUGAGCCUAGUUUUUUUAGUCAAAUCGAGCUCGAGCUCAAUUCUAUAGGCUCGUCGAGCUCGAGCUCGAACUCGAGCUCACCUAUUUUUAAGACGAGCUUGGCUCGAUAAGUUCAAAACUCGACUCGAUUCGGUUCAUUUGCAGCCCUACACUCCAGCACUCAUUGGACUGGAGUCUCUAAUAAGUGGAAUGAAAACUCUCGCUGUCGCUCGCCUGGUUGUCAGUCACUGGCCAAGUAGCUCAACUUCCCCAAGCUUCGCAGCUAAUCCGAUAAAAUCUCUCUCUGCCUUUUGUUGGGCCUUCUCGUCCCCUGGGGGAGGGUUAAAGGAGUUUUUAAUUAAAAAUAAAAAUAACUGGGCGAUCCUUCAUAAUUUGGCUCGUGCUUUCGCUCUUCCGCGGCUAUUCUACUUUGGCGACUCCCUUGGGAGCAGUUGACUAGUGACUUUGGCGGUGGUCGUUGGGUGAAAUUCAAGACGAGCUUUGUUUGGAAAGUGGAAAAUCCUAGCAAGUGGUUUGGUGCCUUUUGUUCCCUUGCAUCCUGCUUUGGUCCGAAAAUAGAAAAGCUUUUGCAGUAAAAUUUCUGUUCAUUCCAGAUGGGUUGCCCUGGGGCUGGGGGGAAUUGGUGGAUUGUAUGAUCAAGUGCAACUGGGAGGUGCCUUUUGAAUGCAAUUCUUCAGUGUUUUUCCAACAGGGGCUAGUCUUCACUACAAAAAAAUGGUUAUCCCUCCUGCAAUUCGGCCAGAAAGAGUUACCAAUUUUCUCAAGCCUUAUGUCCUGAAGAUGCACUUCACGAAUAAGUUUGUGUCUGCUCAAGUAAUCCACACACCAACAGCAACUGUAGCAUCCUCUGCCAGCUCACAAGAGCAGGCACUGCGGUUAAGCAUGGAAAAAGCCAAAGAAAGUACAAGGGAUGUUGCAGCUGCUGGCAAAAUAGGCAAGAUAUUGGGCGAGCGUCUGCUUCUCAAGGGUAUUCCGGCUGUUUCAAUUUUCUUGAAGAGAGAACAGAAGUAUCAUGGCAAAGUUAAAGCAGUAAUUGAUUCCGUGAGGGAAGCAGGUGUCAAAUUAGUUUAAAUUUAAGAAUCAGCUCCAUUCAAGAGUAGCAAAUGCAUGCCCCGCAUGCAUUUUUCUGAAGCCCUCUUUCUUUAACUAGAGGGUCUUUGCUAUUGUGACAAGGAUUAGAAGAAUCAGGGUUAUAUAUUAUUAUUAUUUUACGUGGCUAAAUCUAUUUCUUGAUAAUCCAUAGUCUGUGUUUGGGGAAUGAAUGGACCUGCUAAACUUGACAUUUGAGAUAAGUAUUAUUGCAAGUACGGAUAGGUUCUGUCUGAAUUAGCCAAUGGUGUACUCAAGGAUAACGUAGUAGUCGUUUUCGUAGCCGGUGUGGAGUAAAGGGGGCAGUUGAGGCGUAGUUCUUUGAAUUCAUGAGUUGUGAAUAAUGUCCAGAUGAGUAAGGGAGGUCCCCAUAUUCUGUUGUGCUCUUUAUCUUUGGCUUAACGUAUCAAAGUUCUUAUAAAGCAAAGCUCAGCAGCAUGGACCAAAGCAACUUGGUGUAGUGCAAGCAGGGACCCGCAGGCUGUCUGGUUCUCAUCAUGCCAUGGUUCUUGAAGUGUCCUAGAUGGGAACAAAAGACGUUAUUGAGGAGAGCUGGUGGCUGUAGAUUAAUGGGAGCUUUUUGGUUUUCUUUUUAGUAUUAUGUUUUUUUGGCAUUUGGGGUUUGAAUUAUGGUAAAUUUUUUGGCAUUGAAAUUCUAAGUCAUAGUACUACUA